AUGUCGCGCUUACUUGAAGGAUAUUCCGGCAUUGGCGACAUUAUCAAAAGUCUACAUUCUCACGGAGGGUCACUCGUAUAUGGUAUUCUUUUAAUUCUGCUCAUAGUGUGCCGAAACAAAAAAGACCGGGAGGAUAUGAUUACAGCCAUUGGUAAAAUGAAGGUUGCUAUCGAUGCUAUGAGCGAGGAGACAACAUUGCACCUGCAUAUGCGAGUCCGCGAAGUCCGAAGCGACAACAAAACAUUGCAACAAAAGGUCGAUGACAUGAACCAGCGUCUUAGAGUUAAUGAUCAAGCCAAUUGGGACAACUUCAUCUCCCGCAUUCAAAGCCACUUCAAUGUCCCUGAAGCUCCUGAUUACCCUUGUACAGAGCAUAAAGUUUGCAAAGUCGCUACAGCCAGUUUAAUGGACAGCGAUGAUACCGAAAGCACCGCUAGCAUUGAAGAAGGCAACUUGGAAGUUCUCCACGAGCGAGCUGAAUUCAAAGAGUAG